UAACAUACCAACGACAACGAACUCUUCUUCCUUCCGCUCCCCUCCACUCCUCUGCUGCGCCUUCGCCAUGGGUCCGCACGGGAACCGGCUCCUCCCCCUCCUCCUAGCCCUCGUCGCCGCAGCGGCCGGACCUUCAUCCGUCGCCGCCGACGAUAGGGCGGCGGUUGAGGUUUCCGGCGCGCCGGAGGGGGUCGUGUGGGUGGCCCAGCUUUCGGAUCUCCACUUCAGCGUGCACCAUCCGGACCGCGCCUACGACUUUCGGCGAUACGUCGGCCCGGCGCUCGCCAUGGUCAAGCCCGACCUAGUAUUCAUCACGGGUGACCUCACCGAUGGAAAAAGCAAAGAUCUGCUAACAAUGAAGCAAAACGAGAUGGAGUGGAUUGAAUAUAGAAGUACGAUGAAGGAUGUCAUUGAAAUUAGCAAGCUUCCAAGAAGGAUUUUCUAUGAUCUGAGAGGAAAUCAUGAUAGUUUUGGUGUACCUGCAUCUGGUGGGUCCUAUGACUUCUAUCAGAAGUAUAGCAUCAACGCUAACUUAAGACGACACGGACGCGUGCAAAGUAUCACUUUGGAGAAUAGUGGUCGGAAGCAUUUGUUUGUUGGCUUUGAUAGCACCAUGGAGAUCGGUCUUAGAGGCCCAACGAAUUUAUUUGGGCAUCCGACUGACAAACUGAUUAUGGAAUUGGACCAAUCACUGUCGCAGUGGGACACUGACUUUGACAAUGCUCCAGUGACAAAAAUUACAGCUGGUCACUUCCCAAUGUCUUUCUCCGCGUUAACAGAAUCAGGAAAAAGCAUCAAGGAUAUCUUUCUAAAGCACUCGUUAGCAGCAUACUUGUGUGGACAUCUUCACUCAAGGUUUGGCAAGAAUUUGAAGCGUUACUAUCAUCGAACAACUCACAGACCAUCAUUAUACGAACACUACUACCAAUAUAACAUGCAUCAAGAAUACACACUCCAGAGUGCUAAAGAGAAUUGUUCUGAAGAAGCAGAACAUAUUGAGGAGUUCUGGGAGUGGGAGAUGGGCGAUUGGAGAAGGCACAGAACUAUGAGGAUAUUAGCAAUUGAUGAUGGUUAUGUCUCCUUUACUGACAUAGAUUUCAGGCUAGGGUCAAAAAGUAUAAUUAUAGUACCUACCUUUCCGCUCGACUCAAGAUUCAUGCAGAGAACCUCUGGUCCCCGUGAUUUCAAAUGUCAUAUCAUGGGAGCUUCAACUUUUGAUAUAGUGAGGACUCUUGUAUUCUCUCGACAUGAGGUAGUAUCUGUCUCAGUAAAGAUAUAUGACUCGAGGUCAGGAAAUCUUGAAGUAGUAUUUGACUCUGAGAUGAAAAGGGUGAGUGCCAAUGAAUCUAGAGGAGAUAUGUAUUUAGUUCCGUGGAACUGGAGGGCAUUUGCAGAUCCUUCUCCAACCCGAUUUUGGCUCCAAAUUGAAGUGAUGGAUACAACAGGUGACACUAGUGUCAGCCAGUUGAGGCCAUUCUCUGUAAAUGGGUUGAUUGCAAAAGUUAGCUGGACAUGGAAGGAGUUUUAUGUAAUGGGCAUUCAGUGGGCGUCGAUAUAUCAUCCUGCGCUGUGGUGCUUUCUUACUCUGAUAAUCUCAUUGCUUCUUGUACCACGAGCUUCAGUUGUGCUAUUUAAAGAUCAAUAUACAUGCACAUAUCUACGUGCGAAUGGUAGUCAGUGGACAUUGUUGAAGUAUCUAGUUACUGGUUUCAUCUGGCUUUUUGUUGAGCUGUCCAGGAUGAUUCUUGUAUGGUCUUUGCUCUUGGUGUAUAUAAUCUAUUUGCUGGUCUUCCCUUGGUUGUUUGGUCAUCCUGUAACUGAGGAAAGUGACCUUGCCUACAUGACAUACAGAGGCUGGACUCUUAAAAGAUCCAAUAGUGGCAAUGGAUUUUCUCAUGCUGGCAGUCCAGAUGUCAUGGUUAUUGUUCUACCUCACCUUUGCUUUGUGGUAUUACCCACAAUUGUGAUUUUAGCUGCAAUGGCUGCUGAGAGAACUGCAUUCCGGGAACAUUAUCUUUCUCAAUCAGGAAAGAAGAAAGAUGAUAACUACAAAAAGAGAGCAAGACAAACUGAACGUGAUAGUUCAUUAAGUGGUCGUUGGAUAAGGAAAAUUCUGAUUGUUCUUUGCCUGGUGGUUCUAUGGAAGCAUUGGAAGAGCUCUCGUGAAGGCUUAUGCAAUGAACCCUGUGCUCCAUUCUCCAGUACAUUUCUUCUUCAUACCAGCGCUUGUAGUUUUUGCUAUCUACAAAACCUCGUCCAUUUAGCUGUUUAGUAGCCCUACUCGCAGCCCUGUGAUUACAUUUUCAGUGGACUCUCAAAGGCACUACAAAUGGAGCACCUAGAUAGCUACAGCCCGUGACUUAAGGUGUACUGGAGGGACAAGAGUCUGCUCUUUUUUUUUCCUUUUGUAGAGGAGAUUUGUUAGAUCAGCUAACAUGCAUAAAGAUAUUGUCAGCAUUGUACUACACAUAAUUGAGAAACUACACGGCAUUUCUUCAGAACUACUGAAUGAACUCACAUUGCUUGGUAGGGUUUCAUCUUUCUUCUUUUCAAGAAAUUUUAACUCCUGUUUACCGGUCU